GCGUUUUAACAAUAUCCACGUUGGUCAAAGCUAGGUUUUGUAAAUGGAAGACUAAAAUGGUUUUCUGAUAAGACUACAUGAGAUGGAGAGGAUAUUUUUCUGCUCCUUUUAUUUGGCGUGUGUUUCAGGCAUCUACAAAGAUGUGGUUUAUGUUAUGGACCGAUCUGGGAGUGUGAAGGAGCCGGACUUUGAUGAGUCCGUGGACUUUGUGUACAACGUCACAGAAUACCUAGACAUCGGAUCAUCUGACAUGCAAGUCAGCAUCGUGGUUUUCUCCAGUUUUUAUUCAGAAAUAUUCGAUCUCAAUGAUCAUACAACUAAAACAGAUCUGUUAACCGCCAUCAAAAAUUUGCGAGGUACUACCACGACAGGCGGAACGUAUACAUAUCGCGCAAUUGACUACGUAAGAGAAUACUCAUUCACGUCUGCUAGAGGAGGAAGAAGCGGAGCCAAUCGGGCGGUGGUGAUUCUGACAGAUGGAUUGUCUAAUGAUGCUAACCGUACUCUAACAGCAGCGGACAAUUUACGAAAUGAGUCAGGAGCUGAAGUGUUCGCAAUAGGUAUUGGGACAACGGUCUCCAGGUCAAAUGACGAACUGAAAGGAAUUGCCAACGAUCCCGAUUCCUACUACGUCCAUUACAUCGACACAUUUGUCUAUCUCUGCAACCUGGUUCCAGCUUUAGUUCCAAAACUUGACAGCACAGUGACCCCCUCGUUACUCGCCGAUUGUCCUACCCCACCAUCCACAACUCAAGUCUCCACAACAAUGGUAGAUACUACUACAACUAAUACACCUACAGCAGGAAUCACAACAACAACAACAACAACACAAGACACAACAGAAGCAUAUACCGCUACUGAAGCAACAACAAUCCAAACACAACAAACGGGCAUGACGUCACAAACAACUGAUUUGACAACUGCGGCUUCUGUGUCUUCAGCGUUGACAUCAACCGUUAAUACAGUCAAUGGUGCUAAAUCAUCGUCUAUGGAAAAUGGAUCAUCUUCAUCGUCUACGGAAAAUGGAUCAUCAGGUAACACGGCGGUUGUUGCAGCAGGUGCAGCGCUCGGUGCGCUGGCAGCGGCGGCCACCGCCAUCGUCUCUGCGAGUCUCCUACGCCGAUGGCACUUCUCGAUGAAGGAAGAUCCCGUUGUCCUGGCCGCAGUCAGUCAGUAUCAGCAAGCACCUAUAGGACCUUCCAAGUCUAAAUUUGUUAAAAUAUAAUUGUACUGCGUAGUGCAGGCAAUAAGUAUACGUUGGGACAAAUUUCCUCCGAAAGGGAGACCGGCUCCUCCCCAUUCCUACGGGGCAGUAGUAUUUAUGUAGUAACAGACAUAUGGUGCUCGAAUAAAGAACAAAAAUCCUUACGCAAUGUUGAGGUGUUAAAUCACUUUUUUGUUACGAAUAAAGUUUUGAAUAAUU